GCCUUACAGCUGAUUAUCCACAUGUCUUGACACAACUUUUAGUGAUGGAUUUAAAUUAACUUUACCAAAGCUUUAUUUAAUCAAAAUACAACCAAUUAUCCAUUCUUCUUUAUAAAUGUAGUUAUUUUUUCCUGUUAUUUCAAUUUUCAGUGUCAUGUGGCUGCAAUCACUAAUUUUUAAUCGAAGUAUAUCAGAGUUUGGGCCAUCGGCCUUCAGAUUACUUUCGACACCAUUGUUCAUCAAUGUCAAAUUUUUUCAGAGAUGCUCACAAUCUUCCAAAUCGGCUAAUUAUGUUUGGACACAUAUAAGACCACCAACAGAGAACCAGAAAUUAUUCGAGAUUUUAGUUGGCAGUGAAUAUUCAACCAAGCCUGUUAAUCCACAUGUUUCUGAUAAUAGUGAACUUCAAAUAAUAAACCCAUUUUUAGCUGACUCUAACUGCAGGGAUCUUCUCAAUAAUUCUAAUAGAACUGAGAAUACACGUGAAGUUUAUGCCAAAUUCUUUGAAACAAUUAAGAAAAAAGAACCUGAUUGUCUCAGUAAAGUCUCAAUUUUAUUAAGAAAACAUUUCUGUGAUUUGAUUCCUACCAAAGCUCCUUUUGAUUCUUACUGGGAUUUCGUCAAAAAGCUUGACUUGUGUCUAGUCAAAUACUGUACAGGACUCAAAAAAGAUGUUUGGUUGAAACCUAAUUUCAUAGACGAAUGUUUACAAUUAACUAUCGAAUUGUACAAAAUUUCUCCACCUACCUCAAUGGUUUACUCUGAUUGUCUGGUUAAACAUAUUCUUGGAAAAGCACCCAAUCUUACACUGGAGCAGUUCUUGAGAUUAAUGUUUUGUUCAAUAAUAUCUCGUAGAAAAAUGGAAACUUCUCAAGUUGACUGGUGUCAAAAAUUUAUCAAUCAACGUUUAGACUCUUUAAGCCUGGCUCAACUUUCUUUGAUAUUGGUUGCCUUUCAUAAAACUAAAACUCACCUGACUGAUGACCGCCUACUUAAGAGAAUUUUAGAAAAGGCUGGAACAGAAGCGGAAUCUGAACCUGAUGCAACUAUUCGAUCAAGUCUACUUAAAGGAAUUAAUUAUUCUCUGGUCAUGCCCGAUAACAAUUUAUCCAGUCGAUUUGUCAAUUCAUUUCUUCGUUUACGCAAUCUUACUGUGUAUAAUUAUAUGCAUUUGUGUGAGUUCUGUGUAAACAAAAAGUUUUACUGUCCUGAACUGAUUGACUCAUCCUUAACUGUUAUGGGAAAAGCGAUAGAACAUUUGAGAGAAAAGGACGUAGAAAGGAUUUUAAAAUGUGCCACCGCAUUCGAUCAUCUCCAGCCUCCUUGUCCUGAUCUUGACAAAUUGAUUCAUCAAGUAGACUCAUCGUGUAUUCAUUCUGACCCAGCUGAGCUGGAAAAAACUAUCCCUUCAUUAUUGCGCAGCACUUUCCUUCUUGAUAUCUACCCACCAAAUAUGAUUGAUUUUAUUUUAUCGACAAAUUGGAGUGCGAAAUUGAAUUUUUAUGGACAUGAUAUUCAUUUGUUUUAUUGGUUAUUGAUGACAAUCAGGGACUGCCUUAUGAUCGACAAAUAUCCAGAGUAUGUUGGAAGAUUAAACAACUUGGAUACAGUCUACUUAAAAGGGAGUAGAAACCCUCAUUUAAGAACAUCAGCCAACCAAAUAAUUAACCAAAAUUCAGGAAAAAGCAGCAUGAAUAAUAGGAACUUCGGUCUUUUGUACAGAGCAGCGAUGGACGCUUUUCCUAAUCAAAUCGUUCGUCUAGGUUAUUUAUUGUCAACAUCUUUAAUACCUGAUUUAAUAGUAACACCAGUCCAGAAGCAUUUACGUCUAUUAGAAGGUCCAAUCAGAACUCCGAACUGCUUUAUCAAAGCACAUGUUCUGGUUUAUCAAACCAAACAGAUGUAUAUUGAUCGAAAUUAUACUCAAAUUUCCGGACAUUACAGGCUAAGAGAAAGAUUGUUACAAAAAUUAGGAGUAUCUGUGAUAAAUAUACCUUUUUAUGAAAUGUAUCACAAAACUGAUGACGAUGGUGGUAAUAGUGAUCUGGUAGAUUACAUUAGAAGACGUAUACAAGAAGUUGAAUCAUAAAUUAAAUAUGACUCUUAUGGAAUUUAA